AUGCAAUUGAUAUCGACUUCAACGAACAACUUGGAAUUAAUUAGUAAUAGUGUUUUAAGUGCUCAAGAAGUUACACAACUAAUUGCGAUGAGUUCGAGCGUGUGCUACAAGUGCAACAGGACCGGCCACUUCGCCCGCGAGUGCACGCAGGGCGGCGUGGCGCCGCGCGACGCCGGCUUCAACCGGCAGCGCGAGAAGUGCUUCAAGUGCAACCGCACCGGGCACUUCGCGCGCGACUGCAAGGAGGAGGCCGACCGUUGCUACAGAUGCAACGGCACCGGGCACAUAGCGCGCGAGUGCGCGCAGAGCCCCGACGAGCCGUCGUGCUACAACUGCAACAAGACGGGCCACAUCGCGCGCAACUGCCCCGAGGGGGGGCGCGACAGCUCCGGCCAGACUUGCUACACGUGCAACAAGGCGGGCCACAUCUCGCGCAACUGCCCAGACGGCACCAAGACGUGCUACGUGUGCGGCAAGCCGGGCCACAUCUCGCGCGACUGCGACGACUCGGAGCGCAAC